GCAAGGAUGAUGCCACGUGCCCUCCAGAUCCCUUCAUAAUUGAAGUCUGCCGCCUCCUCUUCUCCCUCUUCCUCCCUCUCCUCUCAGCCAGGUGUGUCCUUCUCGCAGGUUUGCUCACCAAAAGACGUCUCCGCGGGACCUGCGCGGCAGCCUCUCCCUGGCCAGCCAUGCUGAUCCUGACCUGCUCCUCCAAGUUGCAGCUGCUGGAGGGUGUGUUGCGAAAGGGCCUGCCCGAAACACUGCUGGUCUGUGGGGCAGUGAUGCACAUCAACCGUGGAAACCCAGCUCAGCACGAAGUCGUGGUGGACUCUUGGCCAGAAUUUAAAGCGGUUCUUACCCGACCACGGAAGGAGGUGGUGACAGACAACAGGGAUUACUAUGCCAACCUGCACGCGGCUUUCUACCGGGAGGAAGAUGCCUGCAGAACGCUCCUAGAAAACAAAGACGCUGUAGACUGGGACAAAGCCUUCCACCUGCAAGGUCUCCAAGAUGGGCUCUAUCAGGCUGUGAAAGUCAUGGCAGAGGCUAGGCGUGUCCACCUGGAGCCCUAUUUCUACCAGGCAAUGCUGCACCCGGACGCAGCCACAUUAUGUCAGACCCGGCUCAGAAGUGACCCUCUCCACUUGGGGACGCUCAGUCCAUCCCAUGCACCCCUACUCAAUGACACCUGGCCCACUGGAGGCAAUGCUCGGAGCCUGCGCUAUCUGAGGAGCCUGAUUGAUGACUUUCCAAAUGCUUGUCUCCUAGAUGAGGAAGGCCAGCCAGUUGCCUGGUGUCUAAGUGAUGCAGUUGGGUGUAUGACACAUAGCUAUGCCCUCCCCAAGUACCGGGGAAAGGGUCAUAUGAAAACAGUGUUCCAAGCACUAUCCAGGAAGUUGCACGCUAAAGAUUUUGCCUUGUAUGGUGGAGUUCUGCCAGAGAACCAGAACUCCAAGCGCCUUUUAAUUAGUCUGGGCUUUCAUCUCUUACCUUGGACAAAGUAUGUGCUUGUAUUCACUCCAAAUCACCUGAAAUAGCCUACUGCAUGAUUCCUCCUUGAAUCAGUGGCACCAGGUCUGGCUUCAUCAGACUGAAGGUUGGAAGUACAUUUGAAACCUAGAUUUAAGAGAAUGCCUCUUUGGAUAUAUCAAGGUUAAGUCUAAAAAGAAUCACAGGAAACAAGAAUAGCUCUCAAUGAAUAAUUGUGCAUUCUAAAAUAAAACUCUUGCAGCCUUUAAA